AAGUUGUACCAUACGCAUUAGCCAAUAUUGCACUUUAUCAAGUUUGUCAGGAACGGUAAAAGUACAUCUACACAAUGAAGCAGCUAGCAUGUAUUUUGAUCGCACUAGCGAUCGUAGGUGUUUAUGGAGAUGAACCAGACAAGUUAGUAAAUGGAAUACCCACCACUAUAAGUACAUAUCCGCAUUGUAUCUCCAUGAGAGCCAACAACAAUCACAUGUGCGGCGGUAGCAUAAUCGGUUCACGAUAUAUCCUAACUGCCGCACAUUGCGUAGUACCUCUAGUUCGGAAUCCCAAUCUAUUGCGAUCUGUGGUCAUUGUUACUGGCACGACCUACCUCAAUUCAGGUGGACAAGCUCAUAAGAUAGAAAAACUCUGGUAUCACGAACGUUAUAAUCCCAAUGAUCCUACGGGUAGAGGCUCUAAUGACAUCGGUUUGAUAAAGCUGGCUACGCCCAUUCAGUUUGGUCCAACACAACAACCAAUCGCGCUUCCAACACGUAAUAUAAUGAAAGAUGAUGCUGUUACAAUUGCUGCCUGGGGUUCUACAGGCUUCAGAAAACCCGUUCAUAACAACUUACAAAAAUUACACGCAAGAGCUAUGCUUCCGCAAACAUGCCAAGAAUAUCAUCGUGGCGUCAUGAACAUUGCCUCGAGCGAGUUUUGUACUCUUAUUACCUACGGAACUGGGUUGUGCAACGGUGACAGCGGUAGCGGACUGAUUCGAGACAAUGACAGAACUAUAAUUGGUCUAGUUUCUGGUGGAAGACCAUGCGCCCAAGGUUAUCCAGAUGUAUACACCAAUGUCUACUCUCAUCUCUCUUGGAUCAAACAAAAAAUGUUAUACUAAUAUUCUUUAUAUAUUACAUAUUUCUAAU